AUGGCACCACACUUUCCUGAACAUUUUACACAAAAGAAGGAUAUAGUUUCUGAAACUCCCUUUGAAACUUUUAAAAACAAAUCAAAUCAUGAAGACUUUCAAGCUCUUAAUAUAUUCUAUCAAGAAGCAAGAAAUGCCUUCUUUCUAAGAGACUAUGAUUCUGCAUAUUCAUCGUGUGAAGCUGCGAUUUCUAAACUUCCAAGUCUCCCUUUAGUCACCGAAUGUCCUUCAACAAGAAUCAUACAAGUAAAAGUUUGGAAUCUUUAUGUAAAUCUUAUAGCUGCUCUGCUAGCUGAAAGAAAACAAAUCGUGACCAAGGACUUUGAGAUUAAACAUCUCUUAGAAAAACAGCCUGAGGUAAUUUGUAGAGAGGUUUAUAACAGAGUGGUUAAAGUUGGGUAUGACAAUGAAGAUGGAGAUGUUCCUGGCGAGGUGAUUAUUGCAUGGUGG